AUGGGGCUUCGGGCAGAACUUGCGCCUCGCUCCUUUGACAGUUUGGAGCGAGCUGAGGCGAGAAGGCUACAGCUGACCUUUGCGCCCAGCACUGGCAAGAAGUUCCGGCUGGUGUUGCACCAGGAUGCAUCUGUUGGGAUUGCUGGGGUCCUCUAUGAUUGCGCGCUCUUGUUAGCCCGACGUUUGGUUGAAGAGCCUCAGCUGCUGAGCGGCAAGGUGGUGGAGAUCGGCUGCGGCACAGGCUGCGCGGGCCUUGUAGCUGCAGCUCUGGGCGCGGAGGUCCUUUUGACGGACAGGAGCGAGAGGGCUUUGCAGGUGGCAAAGCAGUCUGCAAAGGAGAGCGGGCUCGGGGUUUCCUGUCAGCGUUGGGACUGGGCUGAUCCAGUGCCCUUCGAGUGCCGCGGUGCCUCCACAGUGAUUGCAACCGAUGUCGUGUACAGCGAAGAUGUCUCUGCAUUGCUGAAGGCUCUUGAAGGGCUCGCUGCACCUGGUUGUGUAGUGCUGCUUGUGGCAAAAAUCCGGAGCCCUGCUUCUUUGGCUGGACUCCGCUCGUUGCUGCUUGGGGCAAGUCACGUUUUCAAGGAGUGCGCCCCGAUCUCUUUGCAGCCUGCAGCACAGGCGACACUACAGCAGGCUACAAAGGACUUCCCCUUGCCCGAUGCGGACAAGGGUGUUUACUUCUACAAGCUGGUCAGGUAG